CAAUAACAAAAUAGUGAUGUCUUCAGAGGUGUAAAUUAUUUUUAAAUUUCAAGUUCCUUUUUAUUUUCUGUGAUUCCAUUUAUUUAUUAAUUUUUUCUGUUUAUCAUGUCUUGUAAAGACCAUGAUCCAGCCGAAAAUUUAAAGAAGAAACCGUCGAAGAGUAUUUUGAAAUCCUCCUCUAGUUUUGAAACUGCGGAUCGAAGGCAAGGAAAGAAAGCUCUUGCUGAGAAGGCAAAAAAUGCAAAAUGGGACGAAAUGAACAUCAUAGCCACCCUUCAUCCUGCAGACAAAGAUUAUGGGCACAUGAAAAUAGACGAGCCAAAGACGCCUUAUGAGCGAACUGUGGAUGAAGAUGAAACUGACAGUUUGGAUGUGGACCUACUGGCUGAAAA